CUACCGGAGUACACCAUCAAACAGAGCUAAGGUCUCCUCAACUCUGGAGUUAUAGCUUCCAUUUACACCUCAGUCAGACAUAUUCAAUCCUUUCCAAAAUUCUAUAUCCUACAAUAAAGAGAUCUUUUUGUGUCAUACUGCGAUCUAUGGUCUCGAUCCUCUGUCGCGAUCAAAUGUUGUCCUGUCACGGUUCUUGAAUAAACGCAUCAGUGCUCCUUGAGGGCUGUAGCCUUUGCUCAAACGCGAAUAAUCACAGAUCCUAUCUGCCGGGUCUGACUGUUCACGAUGCUACGCGUUCGACGAUAUCGUAUUUUCCUGGUUUUUGCUGUUAUCGCCAUUAUUGCAGUAUAUCACUUUGGCCAUGUCCGGGAAUGGACCCAGGCCCAUCCCUUCAGCGUGGAAUCGCUGAUGAACUUUGGCACGAAGGAGAUGGCAAAACCGCCCACGCCCGACUCUGCUAAAUCCAAACAAUCUCCAACCAAGAUCGUCCGUCCUCCUGUUGCAUCUGCCACCAAGCCUGGGAAAGGGCUUGUUCCAACUUUUCAACCGAAACCGCCGAAACCUGUUGCGCCUGAGAAGGAGCGUCCAGUGGAGAGAACUUCAACGAAAGGUCCGCCAAAGCCAGCCCAAACAAAUGCUAGUAAAUCUGGAAAGCUUGAUAAGCCUCUUGCUAUCGACCCCGACGUUCUUGCCCAAAAUGUGCCACCAGUACCAGACAGUGACCUUUAUGUGGAGAAUGGUCAAGGCAGGCUUGAUGAGCCUCCACCGCCUCCUAACGACCGUCUCCGCCAAAUUCACUGGAAGAAGCAGAGCGAGCAUUUUCCGGUCCCUCCUGAGUCCAUCAUCCCGCUUCCGUCAGGAAAGGCGAAAGCGAUACCAACCAUUCAAUUCACCUUUCCCAAAGAGUCCGCCAAUCAAAAGACGGAAAGAGAGAAGAAACUGUUAUCAAUUAAGCAGGCAUUUGAGCAUGCAUGGACUGGCUACAAGGACAAGGCAUGGCUUCAUGACGAGUUGACGCCCGUUUUAGGAGAAUUCAAAGACCCAUUCUGUGGCUGGGGUGCAACUUUGGUUGAUGCGCUCGAUACUCUGUGGAUCAUGGGUCUUCACGACGACUUCAAAGAAGCGGUUGAAGCGCUUAAGGAGAUUGACUUUACGACCACAUUUAGGAGUGAUAUACCCCUCUUUGAAACGACUAUUCGAUACCUGGGGGGCUUGCUAGCUGCUUAUGACCUCUCAGAAGGCAAAUACAAAAUCUUGUUGGAUAAGGCGAUCGAGCUGGCAGAGAUCUUGAUGGGAGCUUUUGACACUCCUAAUAGGAUGCCUGUCACCUUCUAUCGCUGGAAACCGACAUUUGCCUCGCAACCCCACCGUGCCGGGACCAGAGUCGUGCUUGCUGAGCUCGGAUCUCUCUCGGUCGAGUUCACCAGAUUGGCUCAAUUGACAAAGAAUUCGAAAUAUUAUGACGCCAUUGCACGCAUCACAAAUGCUUUCGAAGAGUGGCAGGACAAUACGAAACUGCCGGGCAUGUGGCCGGUUUACGUGGACGCGUCCGGUUGCAAGAAGCCAGACCUCGACGGUGGAACUCCACUGGAACACAGCUUCCUUAACGGUCCUGCGAUCCCUCCACCUUUACCUCCUGUAGUGGACGAAGAUGGUCCAAUUUCACCUGAUUCCGUGCAAAGGCCGGGAAACCCUAAGGCUGCUCCUCAAAAGCAAGGAGUCCCGACGACAUCGGAGAAAGAACCUAACUUGUCUAAGGAAAAGACCCCCGCGCUGCAUACCGAUGUUAAAAAGCCUAGCUCUGGUUCAAAAGAACCUCUUGCUGGAACUACGAAUGUUAAGGAAGCUAAGGCAGAAGCUCGCGACAUCUCAGAUAGCGGUUCCAAUGAUGCACGAGAGCAUCUUCAUGCCGUCAUGCGCAGAACUCCCCCCAAUUUUGUUCCACCUAAGGCCUCCAAUAAAGAAGAAGAAGAAGAACUUGAACCUCCAUCAGAUUCCGCGUCAUCACAAAAGUGGAAACCAGAUGAACUUCCCGAAUGUCCGAAGCAGGGCUUGGCAUCACCUCCUGGCCGAGGCAAAGAAAGCUUUACGCUAGGAGGCAUGUCUGAUUCACUAUAUGAAUAUUUCCCCAAAGAGUACAUGUUGCUCGGCGGUUUGAACGACCAAUACCGGAAAAUGUACGAAAAAUCUAUCGAUGUGGUGAAAAAAUAUCUCCUUUUUCGCCCUAUGACGAAAGAUGAGCGUGACAUCCUCUUGUCCGGGACUUUACUCACUUCCGGUGAUCUCAGUGACAAAGAUGAUAUCAUUCUGAAGCCUGAAGGAACCCAUCUUACAUGUUUUGUUGGGGGAAUGUUCGCUAUUGGAGCCAAGAUCUUUGAACGCCCAGAAGACUUCGAAAUCGCUAAAAAGCUCACCGAUGGUUGUGUCUGGGCCUACGAAUCUACUGCUACUGGAAUUAUGCCGGAAACCUUCCAUGCUCUUCCAUGUGAAAGCAGGACGGAUUGUCCGUGGAAUGAAACAAAAUACUUUGAGGCGCUGGACCCUUACAGGGCUGCUAGGGAAAACACCCAGAUCCCUACGGCUACAAAGCCAAAAGCGAACAAGGUGGCGAAUAUGGGUGCUUCUACGAAAUCGAAGAAAUUUGCGCCAACGGCUAAGGUCGAAUCCGAAAAGAGCACCUUGGGCAAGGCCAAGAGACAGAUGGGUGAUAUUGAAGCCGACAAGACAUAUGUGGAGGAAAAGAAGAAGAGUCAAACCAAGGGAGCUUAUACACCUUUGCAAUCUAUUUCUCAUGAGGAGUUUGUAAAGGCGAAGAUUGCAGAAGAGCGUCUACCGUCUGGUUUCACCGAAAUCAAAAAUGCCAAAUAUAUUCUCAGGCCCGAGGCGAUCGAGUCGGUAUUCAUCAUGUUCAGAAUAACGGGAGAUGACUACUGGCGAGAGAAAGGCUGGAAGAUGUUUGAGGCGAUACAGACUUAUACGUAUACCGAAUUCGGAAAUACUGCCAUUAGAGAUGUCACCAGCAAGGCGCCUUAUGCUCUAAAUGGAAUGGAGUCUUUCUGGCUGGCCGAAACACUGAAGUACUUCUACUUGCUCUUUAGUGACCCUUCUCUGGUCAACUUAGAUCAAUAUGUCCUAAAUACUGAGGCUCAUCCUCUCCUGCGCCCCGCUGCAGGCUCUAAAGGGAGAUUCAACCCGCUAGGAUGAAGGGUGGCCGAGUUCAUGCGUUUGUUUUCAGUUGCGAUUUUUCUUUUCCUUUCUUCUUAUUUCUAUUUUUAAUUCUUCCCCUCUUCGCACUUUGGACGGCGGAAAUGGGUUCAUUAAGAGAUGGUGUAUAAGAUUGCGGUAAAUUUGUUGGAGUUCUGGCGGUAUCAACAAGCUACAUGCGUUACGUCUGAUUCAUAUAGUCGCUGAAGCUAAAUACAACGUUUUUGUUCUCGUGAGAAAAGCCGUGAUCUACUAGACGCU